AUGCUCAAGAGAUACCCCAUCAUGUCGUCUGAACCCGAGUUAUUCCAGCCAAUAUCUAGGGACACAUUGACAAGCAAUAGUAGUUCGUUUUUCAUCGGCCAGCAACUACGCUUUGCCAAUAAUGAUACAUUCGACUCUUUAAUAGACCGCUACGAGGAUACUAUUCACCAGUGGCUUCCCAUGCUCAGUAUCAAACUACUUAGGCAAACUGCGAAAACUCUGAGAGAUUCAAGUCGAGGCGCCGUUGAUGUUCUGGUGUUCUUGGCUCUCGAGGCUCUCAUUACUCAGAGUGAUGACCCUGAUGAGCAUGUCUUAUUGCCACAAAACAACAGUUCAUAUUUGAAAGCAAAGCAGGGCAGCUUCAUUGCUGAAAGCGAUGGAACUAUCAAUAUUCGUCUGAUACAGACUCUCGCCCUAUUAGCCUUGUAUGAGCUUGGCCAUGGCAUCUAUCCUGCUGCUUAUUCGACAAUAGGACAAGCUGUUCGACUAUCUACCUUGGUUGGAUUACGCAGCCAAAGAGAUGCUAAAAAGCUGUUCGUGGAACCGGAAACAUGGACAUUAUGCGAAGAGGAGAGACGAACUUGGUGGGCAAUUCUGAUGCUUGAUAGGGUUAUUGUUGCAGGUUCCCCGCAACUUCUUAUGGCUGCUCCAGAACCAAACACCAAUGAUCUUCUUCCCUGCAACGACGAUGAUUGGAAAAAUGGACGAAUAGGUUUCAACGAAGCACUAUUUACGCGGAACUUCCAUUCUCCCUCGUCCGUGGGACAGUUUGCUAGAGUAUGCCAAGCGGUCCAUAUAUUUGGCAAAGUUCUUGAUAACAUACGAGCAAGAAAGAAAGACAAUGACCCAGUCGAACUCACUGCUGAGGCUUUGCAGCUACACAUAGUACUAGAGGCCUUAGAUCAGGGCAUCGUGGGAAAUGACUGUGAUAUGGCGAUGGCACACGGGAGCUUGCAUGCUGCGUUGUCGCUGUGCAGCUUAGCUCGACUUCUGCUAUACAAUGAAUAUGCGUGUCACGAGCCCAUCUUUCGCACAUCAGGGGAGAGACUGGCUGCUGAGGUUGAAAUGCAACAAAUAUCUUUGGCUAGUAUCCAAGAUAUUGUAUCCAAGACAAUACCAAACAUGUCGAGGCAAAUAGUGUCGGCGAGUCAAGAACAAACAAAAAGACCGACACAUUCGCCUAUCUUGGCUGGCUGCCUAUAUCAUGCAGCGACAGAGUGCGCGUGGUUCAUCAAGGAGAACAAUGAUGUGGAGAUGAUGACUGGUUUGGAAGCCAUUACGCAAGCAUUUACAGUGCUUAAGUCCGAGUGGACUGUUUGCGGUAGGCUUGACUCACCUCUCCUUGUUAUGUUGGAAGUUGACAGCGCUAAUGAAUCUUGUGCAGAUAAAUAUCUGUCAUACUUGGAGCGAAACGGGCGUUGA